AUGAUAAGUUAGAAAUAAUUGCCCAACAUUUCAAGAACGCCUCAAGCCAAAAGUUUCCAUUCAAUAGAACAUUUAUUCAACUCUUCUUAAAAAUAAUCUAAAUAAUUUCACGAUAAUUCGUUAAAAUCUCUUCAUAACAUUAGUAAUGUCUCAUUCAUUCGAAAUGAUAAAUAUGAGGUUAAACAAGAUUAAUAUUAUGCAUCUCCAUUGUUAAGCAAAUCUCAAAUGUUCGAAGUAGAGAGGCAAAGCAGACAACGAAAAAAUGAGGUGUAUUCUCAAAUGCUGAGUGAAAAUCCAUUCAAAUUUAAUAAUGAUUCCUAAGAAGACAUAGUUCCUGAAUAUCCUCGAAAAGUAUCUUCUAUUCAUGUGAAUUUAUUCGAUCUAAGAGAUAAGGAGAAAUUAGCAUAAUUAUUGCAUGAAACCAGCGAAUUCUCUGACAAGCUGUCCUAACACAUCCCAUAAACUAAACCAGCUAAUGUUAUAAUUCAAAGAUAAGAUGUCAUAAAAUUGGCUUAAUGGAUUGAUUAUUAGAUGAAAAUAAUUGUAGUCGACUCUAAUCUGAAGGAAGAGAAGCUCCUCUUUCAAUUGGAGUAAGUAUUUAAUUAGAGUCUCAAAGAAUUAGUUAGAGAAAUAUCAAUUGAUUGUGUAGAAAAAGGAGUGUUAUUGGAAAAGAUAUGGAAUCAAUAUGUCAAAUUUAAUAACAUAGUCAUGCAAGCAAAUCAAUAGGAUAAAAUCAAUUAAGAAACAGAAUACUUAAAUCAAUUAAAACAAGUACAUCAAACCUAUUAAAUAUCAGUCUAAGUUUAUGAGGACAAAGUUAAAUUAUUAGAAAAAUAAAUACAAUAAUAAUAAUAAAAAUAUGAAGAAAAAAUCAUGGAUUUCGAUAAUCUAAAUUCUAAAUAUAAACACAUCAUUUCUAAAUUUUAAGAUUUGAAAUAAGAAAAUGAUGAACUCAAAAAUAAGUAUUGUAUUACCAUGAAUGAAAAUGAGGAUUUAUCAAUUAAAAAUAAUGCCUUAUUGACUGAAAACUAGAAAAUAAUAAAAUAACUCAAUGAUAGAAUUAAUUAUAGUCUCUCAAAGUAAAAAAGAGGUCAGCAUGGAUUUGGAGAUUUUGAAGAUCAUAAAUCAACUAGUUGUUAUGAUUUAUACUCUACCAUGGAAAUACAUGUCAAUAAAUUAACUCAAACUAAUGUAGAUAAAAUUCAAUAAUAUGUUCAAACUGACUACAGAUAUUUCAAGUAAGUAGGAAUAUAAUGCGACAAUCUAGAUAUGGAUGAAUAGCCCAUCUCAACUCCAUAGACAUCUGUAAAUAGAAAUAAUUCCAAUCCUCCAAAUUCAGAAUUAAGAAAAGCUAAGGAAAUCAAUUAUGCAUUAGAAGAUAGAGUGCGAAUGGAGAUUUAAAUUCAAGAUCAAUUAAGAAAAUAAAAAUAAUUAAUCUAAAGAGAAGUAGAAUCUUAAUAAAUUAAAUUAACUAAUUAAGAUAAUUUAAUUAUUCAGUUACAAAAAGACAUUUAAAUCCUGUAAUAGUAAUUGGAAAAGUAAAUCGAGAAUAAAUAAAGAGAAAUGACAGUUGUUAGUAUUGAACAAUAAAAUACAGAACAAUAAAUGACAUUAGGACCUCAACAAACUACAUCUUCAAUCAAAACAAGUCUUAAAAUUGAAACGCAAAAUAAAACUCAUGAAAAUGCCUCAGAUCUAAAUAAACUAUCAUAAAGCCAGAAAUCUAAAUAAUUAAUCAAUUUAGAGGCAUCCAAGUAAUCGUAAUCAUCCUAAUAACUUAAACAGACAAAUUCAACUGGGUUAAGCAAAAUAAGUACAGUUGAAACAAAAGAUUCAAAAAAAUAAAUUAAAUCCUUUAAAAAUUCGAGUCAAAUAAUCCCAAGAAGAUAAUCAUAAAACUCACUUCAUGUCAGCAACUCCUAAGAAUUAGAUAAGAAUUAAGUCAAUGAGGAUCCUUUGAGCAAACUUGUUAAUGAUUUCAUGAUUGAUACAAAAACUAAUUUUAAUUAAAGAGGAAACAUAAUAACAAAAUUAUAUUAUGAUUUAAUAGGACAAGUUAUAAUAGAAAUAAUAAAAAUUGAAAAGGGAAAACAUUUAUGUUUGAUGUCGCUUUAGCAUUUAUAAUAAAAUCCAGAGCAAAUCGAAAAUACAAUAUCGUUAUAAAAUCUAUUAAAAUAAAUCUCUUUUUUCUAUAAAGAAAGAUUGGAGUAAAAGUACCCAUUAUAUGCUAUUUGUUAUGAAUAUUUUAUGAAUCAAUAUGGAUUAAAGAAUGUUGCUGAGUAAAAAAUGACAUCGUUUUGUUAAAGUCUAAUAUUUUACCAAUAAAAUACUAGAAUUAGAUUAUUCUCUCGAUUUCUACAAUUAUACGAAGGGAUUUCAAAUGAAGAUCUAGAUUUCUAUAUAUAAUCUUUAUCAACCCUAGAUGAACAUUCUAAUCCGUUAAAUCUAUUAUACUGCAAUUAAACAAAUGAAAGCAUAUAUGUUAAGCAAUCUAAAAUUAAAAAAUAAUUAAUGAUGUUAAAUGAAAAAGGAUAAGAGAUACUAGAGUAACUCAAUUAAUAUCAUAAAAUAAUAAAGGGUGAAAUAUAUGUUGAUUUAGAUCAAUAUUAUUAAUUCUGCCUUGAGCAAUUUCAAUAUUUAAGAAAAAUAUAGAAAGACAACUUCAAUGAACUAUUUUUGGCAAUAGAUGUUGAUGAUAAUCAGAUUAUUAGUAUUGAAGAAUUUGAAAUAUUAUUUAAUUUGAUUGAGGACAAUUAAAAUUUAUUGCAAUAUAAAAAAUUGUUUUUGAAGGAGAUGCAAAAUAAUGAUGGAUUAAACUUUUAUUAAUUUGGAAUGUUUUGCAUGCACUAUAAUUUGUUUACAAAGUAAAGAUAGGAUAUUUUCUUUUUUUCAAAUCAAGAUAGUUUAAAUGCAAUAUACAAUAAUUGGGGAAAUUAAAGAACUAUUAUUACUAGCAGAUUGAAAUAGUCUAAUUGUUUUAAUUAAUAUUAUCAGAAUUUAAUUAGGAAAUUAGAUAAUGCCUUAAAAAAUAAUUUAAGCUUUACUUGGAAUUUAUGGAAAAUCUUAGAGGAAUAGUCCAAAAAAGUAGUUUUGGAUAAUAUAAUUCUGAAUAUCGUAGGAAAUAAUCUAAAUAGUAUAACUGAAAAAUAUGAAUAUUUAUUCUCAAAAGAUUGA